AUGGGUUCUGGCAAGACACGCGGUAGAACAGGGAAGAGAUCUCCCAACUAUGCGCCAAUGGGCAAACCUCGCAAGAGCGUGUUCAAAUGGCUUUGCCUGUCCAUUCUCCUCUUCAUCGCUGCAGCAGCCAUGAGCAUCUACAUCGCUUGCGGCUGCCUGUACAAUGACGACUUGUAUAUAGUGCAGCUCAAAUCCAACGACACUGUUCCUGUUCGAGUCCGACUUGGCUACCUCGGCACUUGCGUCUCCCUCGACGGAGACGCCGACGAUGAAUCCUCCAACAGGACGGCUUGCAUUGCCCACAUCAACUACGACAAUGACCAACCUCUAGCAGACCAGUUCGCCGACGAACUACAAGAGAAGCACGUCACAAUCAAUGCUCAGGACCUGAACAACACUCUCGGCGAGCUUCUCUCCUUGACCGAGACUCUGCAAGAGCAAGUCUUUCCCUCGGGCAUCCCCAUAAGCUUUCUCGUACUCUUCCUGCUGAGCACAAUCUUUUACUGGCUGCUGUCCGCCUCGCCCUCGAGCAACAAGGCCUACAAGUUUGCCUUUGCCCUCACCACCAUUCUCAACGCCUACGGCCUCAUGCUCGGCUUCAUGCUGGCCCUGUCCACGCUGCAGGCCUGCAAGGGCCUCAAGUUCCCCGCGACCGGCGAGAACGAGUUUGACCAGCUGGGCGUCUACAUUAAAGACCUCCCGCGCCUCCAGUAUCUCCAGUGGGCCACGUGCGCCAUCUGUGUCCUCGAGCAGAUUAGCAUUGCGGUUCUGUUUAUUCGCCAUAGUGCUCACCGCGGCGGCGAUGCCGUGGUUACCAUCUUGCCUCUGUAUAUUCCUUUCAGAGGAAAAGGCAAGCGUCGCUGCUGCUGA